AUGGCAGAAGGUGAUAACGGUGUUCUCGCUGCACUCGGUGCUCUUCUUGGCUAUGUCGGUGCCGAAGCCGCAACCACUGCGCCGUUUGAGCAUCUCCUCUGGCCGCAACGGCAGCUAUCCAACUUCUCGUGGCGCUCGGCCGCGACAGCAGCGUUGUUAAUGCCCAUGGGCGGCCCGCUACAUAAAGCCGCCCUGGAGACCUUUGACGCACUGCACCGGCAUGGCCUCUUUCGCGGUUCCCAUCGUGGGCAUAUGCUUAGCACUGCAUUCUUCAGGGAGAUCGGAUGGACCUACACCAUGCACGAUUUGGGGUUCACAGGGAAGCCAAAGGCGAUCCGAAACUGCUUGUGGGUAAGCGCCUUAAGCCUGCUGGGUUCUCCCCAGUUGGACGGUGGAAGCAGGCAAGAAGAGAAGCGAGAAAUCGCACGAGACCAAGAGGUCAGAGCCCGGAUAUCCUGCCACCACCUGAUUUUCUCUCAAGCAACGGAAGAAGAUAAGGCUUCUGCUGCCCUACCAUGCGUGCGCGAGGGCGUGAAGACACCCGGGCCUCGCAUCUUUCUAUUGCUCCUCGCCACUGAGUCAACAGCCGUUAUCCUCGCCGUUAUCCUUGCGGUAAUCUGGAAGACGUUCUGGGCCAUCCUAUGGCUCGCGCCCCUUAUACUGCGGCUACUAAGCGCCCUCUUCGCCGUCCACCGUGAACCCCUUCAGUCCCCUAAACUCACGCCCAAAGACCACCCUUGCGACUUCGAAAUCCACAGCCCUGAGUCUAAUGGAGACUUCAUGGUCUUUACCGGCCCGCCUGCCCUUAUACAACAGUUCAUGCGACACUACGGCCACCCCUGCCGGAGCCGCACGCGGGAGAGUCUCCAGCUCACCAUCAUCUUCCUGCUAGGAUGCGUUUUUCCGCUGGGUCUGGUGGCCUCGACGCUCUUUAUGCCUCUCUAUCUGCGGCGACUGUCCACGGAUGCGGCUAUCGUGGAGGCGUUUGAACGGGACGAGAGGUUCGCUUCGCGUGGAGAGGGCUCCUUGCUUUUUGGACAGACGAGGCAUAGCCCUGGCACGAUUAGGGUCGACCUGAAGGUGAAGUCCUACGGCAAGCAUGCCGCAGCGAGGAAAGCCGCGCAGGAGCUGCUGAUAGGCCGCAAUGAGGAUAUCGAGGCGACCCUUGGAGAAGAGCUGCAGUAA